GCCAUGGACGCGGCCGAGCUGUACGAGGACGAUGGCAAGGACCUGGCGGGCUACGACUUCGAGCCGCUGCCCACUCUGCCGGAGGACGAGGAGAAUGUGUCCCUGGCCGACAUCCUCUCCCUGCGGGACCACGGCCUCAGCGAGCAGGAGGCGUGGGCCGUGUGCCUGGAGUGCAGCCUGUCCAUGAGGAGCGUUGCCCACACGGCCAUCUUCCAGACCCUGUGCAUCACACCGGACACUCUGGCGUUCAACACGAGCGGGAACGUGUGCUUCAUGGAGCAGCUCAGUGAUGACCCCGAGGGUGCCUUUGUUCCCCCGGAGUUCGAUGUGACCGGGAACACCUUUGAGGCUCACAUCUACUCUCUGGGGGCCACGCUGAAGGCGGCCCUGGAGUACGGGACUGACCCUGAGCUGGAGCCCAGGCUGAGCCAAGACCUGGAGGCGUUGCUGAGCCGGAUGCAGGCAGAAGACCCCAGGGACCGGCCCGACCUCGAGGCCGUCAUCGCGCUGUGCGAGGAGAAGAUGCUCUUCACGUCCUCCUGCCGCCUCUGCCGGAGCCUCUCGGCCGUCGGGAGGAGAGUGCUCUCCAUCGAGUCCUUCGGAACAUUUCAGGAUGUCACCGAGAGCGUCUGGAGUGGGAAGCCAGCCACAGGAAGCGUGGGGCCCAGGAGGCCGACGGGGGGCCAAGCCGUGGACCCAGGGAGCGUGCCCCAGUGCCCUGCCCAAGAAGCCCAGGGCAGCCCAAAGCAGCCUGCUGCCCAGCCCUCUAAGCCCCUGCUGUCAGCCCCCGUGAGAAACGGAGAGCAACUGGCCAGUCUCCUCCUGGACUCCCAGCGCCCCCCGGGCGACACGGAGAAGAGGUGCCUGCGGAAGGUGCAGACCUUCCCCAAGCUCCCGCCCGAUGGCCCUGAGCCCAGCACCCUCUGCCUGACGCUGACCCCCGCCAAGAACCAGCCACCCACACCCCAAGUCUUCCCUCCAGACCUCAGCAAGGCCUCUCUAGAUGGGAAAAAUGGCCUUUCCAGCUACAAGUCAGAGCCCGAUUCCAGACUGCGGCCCGGGCGGGAGCCCGAGCUCCAGCAAGGGGGACCCGGAGACGCCAGCCGAAGUGGGGACAGGGCGUGUGGGGCACUGGGCUGGAGCCCGGUGGAGCAAAGCGCCCCACCCCGUUGCGAAGACCCUGGAGAUGCAGGCCGAGAGCCCAGGACGUGCAGGGCUGAGGAGGGGUCGGCGGGCCGAGCUGGGGAGCCGGCUGGCGCCCCGGCAGAGCAGGUCGUCUCCCUGCGGCAGCUCCUGCGCCAGCUGGGCCGGCCCUUCAGGGAGUGCGAGCUCUGGGCUCUGUCGCACGCGUGUCUCACUGCUCUGCACGCUCACCGGGAGCACCCAGCCUGCCUGUGCCUGGACUCCGUGCUGGUGGCCGAGGACGGAGCCGUGCUCUUCAGCCCAGCCCCCGCCAACGGCACUUACGACUCGUUCUUUCUGGCUCCUGAGGUCGCAGAGCAAGAAGUGGUGACUGAGAAGGCCUCCGUGUACGCCGUAGCUGCGGUCCUCUGGACGGCGGCCAAGUUCAGCGUCCCCCAAAACCACAAGCUGGCCCUGCCACGCAGGCUGAAGACCUUCCUCUUGGACAUGGCCAGGCGCAGUGCCCAGGAGCGGCCACACACGGCAGAGGCCAUCAAGACAUGCGGCACCUACCUCCGUCAGCGAGGCAUGGACAGCAGGAGGAUUCUAGCCCACCUGAGGGCGUCCACGCGCAAGGCUGACCAGGAGGAAGAGACCAUCGGCCUCCAGAACGCGCUCUCCGUGGGCGAGCUGAGCCCCAGCACGACCCCCGCCUCUGGGCCCAGCUCAGGCUUUGUUGGGGUCAGCCGCGACCCCAGGCCGGUGGCCGUGCAGGAGCUUGUGCCCACGCAGCCCCCCGGCACUGACGGGGCCACAUUGCUGCCGGCCGCCUUCUCCGCUGCAGCCACACACGUCAGGCCCAUCGUGCAGGCCCCAGAUGCAGAGGACGCCAGGUGAGCACCCCGACCCUGGGGCUGGGGCAGGGAGGGCGAUGGCCGGCAGGCUCCCGAGGCCCCUGGAGCUGCCAGCUGGAAGAUGCCUGAGCAGCCAGCGCCUGGUGCUGGACCCCAGGGAGCGGCCCCGGAGCCUCUCAGAGAGUGCACGCCGAGAGAAAAGGCCCAGGGGAUCCCCUGCGUCCCAGCCCCGGGCCCAGACGGGGCGUCACCAGGGAUGCCUGAGUCUUCGGCUGAUGUCCGACUCCUGAAGGCACAGGCGUUCCCCACGGAGGAGGGGUCCAGUGUGACCCGCCAUGACCCGAGUCACCCAGCCAAGCCACCCAGGAGCAAGGCCACUAAGGGCCCAGGCGAGGAGCCUGAGGGUCGGUCCUCGGCUCCAUGGGACGCCAAGGCGAGUCCAGACAGCCCCAGAUGCACCCCUGUCCCAGAGCAGGAUGACCAGGCCACAGACAGUCACCCCGAGCGGCCCCUGCCAGCAGACCGCAAGCUCGGUGUGCCCAGCGUGGACGCCUCGCCCCUCCCGAAGAGGACGGCCUGCCCAUCGCUGCAGGAGGCCACACGCCUCAUCCAGGAGGAGUUUGCCUUCGACGGCUACUUGGACAACGGACUGGAAGCACUGAUCAUGGGUGAAUACAUUUACGCCUUGAAAGAUCUCACCUAUGCCACUUUCUGCGGGGCCAUAUCGGAGAAGUUCUGUGACCUCUACUGGGGGGAGAAGUUGCUGCAGAGUCUUUUCAAAGUGGUGAACGGGAGGACGUUCCCCUCUGAGAAUGCUUCAGAGGAGGCUGGGGCAGAGCCUGAGGGCAGCGCAGCCGGCACUCCGAGGGGCUGCUCGCUGUCCAGCAAGAGGCCAUCACUGCACGGAACAGGGAAGGAGAAACCGGCCACGGCGCGUGGCAGCCGAGCUCCCGGCCCGUCCCCGUCGCUGUCCGACGUGGAUGCCGACGAGCUCUCACGGGGCAACUUUGAGGUGGGAUUCCGGCCUCAGAAGUCAGUCAAAGGGGAGCGGGAACGGCAGCCAGAGGCCGGAGAGCACGGGCAGCAGGGUGGGGGCCCGAGCCCCGAGGCAGUGGCCCGGCUGGCCCGGCCCAAGGAGGGGGGCCUGGCCGCGCACCCGGGCCCGGCGGAGCUCCGGAGCUGCAGCCCCGGCUGGUGCAGCGCCUUCUACGAGGCCGACUGCUUCGGCGCCGACGUCUACAGCUACGUGCAGGAGCUGGCGAGACAGAAGGCAGGCGGGGCCCCCGACGCGGACGCCCAGAGCCUGACGUCUCUCCUGGAACCAGAAUGCAGACAGGAGCUGGAGCAGCAGCUGCUGAUGGAGAAGAGGAACCACCGGAAGACCCUGAAGUUCUACCAGAAGCUCCUGCAGAAGGAGAAGCGCAGUAAAGGCUCCGAGGUGAAGACCAUGCUGUCCAAACUGAGAGGGCAGCUGGAAGAAAUGAAGUGCAAAGUGCAGUUCCUGGGACUGGUCAAGAAGUAUCUGCAGGUCAUGUAUGCCGAGCGGUGGGGCCUGGAGCCCUGCGCCCUGCCUGUGAUCGUGAACAUCUCUGCGGCCCACUGUGACACGCUGGAUUUCAGCCCCCUAGACGAGUCCUCAUCCCUCAUCUUCUACAACGUCAGCAAGCACCCGCGAGGCGGCAAGCAGAGGAAGGCCCGUGUCCUACAGGCCGGCACACCUCUGGGGCUCAUGGCAUACCUCUACUCCAGCGACGCCUUCCUGGAGGGCUACGUACAGCAGUUCCUCUACACGUUCCGCUACUUCUGCACCCCCCAGGACUUCCUGCACUUCCUCCUGGACCGCAUCAACAGCACCCUGUCCGGGGCCCACCAGGACCCCACGUCGACCUUCACCAAGAUCUACAAGCGGAGCUUCUGCCUCCUACAGGCCUGGCUGGAGGACUGCUACGCGGUGGACUUCACGCGGAACUCCGGGCUCCUGAGCAGGCUGGAGGACUUCAUCUCCUCCAAGAUCCUGCCCCUGGACGGCUCCGCCGAGCACCUGCUGGGCCUCCUGGAGGUGGGCACCGACCGGUGGGCCGAGGGCUCCUCGCGCGGCACCGACCUGGAGGACCCCAAGGAGGCCGAGGACGACGCCAGACCUCUCAAUGCCCUCUGUAAGAGGCUCUCAGAAGACGGCAUCUCCCGGAAGAGCUUCCCCUGGAGGCUGUCCCGGGGCAACGGGCUGGCCCUGCCGCACAAGGAGCGCCAGUACACCAUCGCGUCCGCCCUGCCCAAGCCCUGCUUCUUCGAGGACUUCUACGGCCCCUAUGCCAAGGCCAACGAGAAGGGGCCCUACUUCCUGACCGAGUACAGCACCCACCAGCUCUUCAGCCAGCUGACUUUGCUGCAACAGGAAUUAUUUCAGAAGUGCCAUCCCGUCCACUUCCUGAACUCCCGGGCCCUGGGCGUCAUGGACAAAAGCGUGGCCAUCCCCAAAGCCGGCUCCUCCGAGUCCCUGUCAGCCAAGACCUGCAGCUUGUUUCUGCCCAGCUACGUCCAGGACAAGUACCUGCUGCAGCUCCUGCGCAGCGCGGAUGACGUCAGCACCUGGGUGGCGGCGGAAAUCGUGACCAGCCACACGUCCAAGCUGCAGGUGAAUCUGCUGUCCAAGUUCUUGCUGAUCGCGAAGUCUUGCUACGAGCAGAGGAACUUCGCCACAGCCAUGCAGAUCCUGGGAGGCCUGGAGCACGUGGCCGUGAGGCAGUCCCCUGCCUGGAGAAUUCUCCCCGCGAAGAUAGCGGAGGUCAUGGAAGAGUUGAAAGCGGUGGAGGUCUUCCUGAAGAGCGACAGCCUGUGUCUGAUGGAGGGGCGGCGCUUCCGGGCACAGCCCACGCUGCCCUCGGCCCGCCUCCUGGCCAUGCACGUCCAGCAGCUGGAGACGGGGGGCUUCACCAUGACCAACGGCGCCCACCGGUGGAGCAAGCUCAGAAACAUAGCCAAGGUGGUGAGCCAGGUGCACGCGUUCCAGGAGAACCCCUACACGUUCGCGCCCGACCCCAAGCUGCAGUCCUACCUCAAGCAAAGAAUCGCACGCUUCAGUGGGGCUGACAUUUCCAUUUUAGCCGCAGACAACAGAGCCUCCUUGCACGAGAUCACCAACGAAAAGCACUCCCGGAAAAUCCAGGACAAGUUACGGAGAAUGAAGGCCACGUUUCAGUAACGGGGACAGCGGGUCUGGUGUGGAUUCCAAAGCGAGGACCGACCCGGGUAGAAAAGAGGCGCCUGCUUGCUGUCCCAGGCCCAGAGGCCCCAGCAGCGCGGCUCCUGCCACCGCAGACGAGGGAGCCUGACCACGGCGCAGGAGCUGGGGCUCAGCCUGGGCGGCAUGGUGCAUGCCCGGGGGGCACCGGGAGGCGGAGGCUCAAGGGCCCGGCUGAGCCGGAGAGAACAGGCUCCAGUGCAGGUCGGGGUGCUUCUGCUCGUGUAAGACUAUUUAAAAAUUAAACAGACAUAGAGUAAGUGGACCCCCAGGAGCCACAUACCCAUUCACACUUCUUAACUACAAACCCGCUCUCACCCGACUCCCCAGGGGUCCUGCCCCCCAAAACUCCACAGCCACCCACCCCGAGUCAGAGCACUGUUUCACGAGUCUGGCUUAUGUCUGCUCAGCAACCAAGGACCAAAAUGACCUCUGACCCCCACGCCAACCACAGGGUUCCAGGGGUUUCCAAAACCUUCCAGUGGGGCCCUGAGACGUCUCAGUGGCCCAAGUGCCAACCCGGGUCCACGUUCCUAUUCCCAUGCCCAGACCUGCCCCCAACACUCCAACCUCCCCCUCCCUUCCACUCAGACCCUCCCAAACCCCUGCCACCCUCUCUCGGACCGUUCUGCACACCCCAGACUUCCCCGACCCCUCCUUCCAGACCACUCUAGGGGCCCAGCUCAGCUCAUCCCCAUUCCAGCCCGCAUGGGGGUACCUGAGCUUCGCAGGCCUGAUGGGGUCUCAUCCUGACCGGGCCUCUGGCUGCUGGCGAGCCUGUCCCAGCUCCUCGCCGGCAGCCCCCCAGUGCCCGUGGCCCCGCGCACCCUCCAGCCUUGCCAACCCCCGCCACUUAGAACAGCUCCAGGUACGGCCUGCCAGGCUCUGCUUUCUAGCCAAGCACACCGGACACAGACUCGGGCCUCAGGGGCCCUGGGAGCACCCCCUAGUCCCACCCGGUGGCACGGGGGCUCAGGCCUAGGGCCCACGCCAUCGGCCCCACGCCCAGGCUCUGCUCACCUUCACCCCGCUUUGUUGGCACAGCGGCAGCAAUGACGUUUGCCGCUUGGACGGUACCAGGCUCUUCCCCCAGGGCUCCGUUCCCCAGCAGCCGGCGUUGGGCAUCUGUCUGCUCAGCGGGUGAAAGGCACCCUUGGCCCGAGGCACCAGGGCCAGGACGGUGUGGCAGAUGGUGCGGAGGAUGGAGCGGUCGCAUCCGUUGCGCCCGGGAGCUCAGACCCUGGGCACCCCCCGGGCACCAGUGCUCUCGCUGGGAGACCCCAGGUGGCUCUCUCGUUUCGGAGUCAGGGAUUCUCUGGAACACGCAGCUGGUGGUGUUUCGGAAGUCUGCUCCUUGUGCUCGAACACCGAGCCGGUCACCUCCGGCUGUCCCCCCGAGAUCGUCCAGGACAGGGGAGGGACCCGUGCACCAGCCCAGCAGACGGGGUUUGGCCUUCGUGCGACGUCUGGGGUCGUCCUGAACAACACCUGUGUUCUCAGAUGCCGACCUUAACACAGGGAGUGUCACUGAGCCUGAAACUGAGUCAGCAUCUGGCGCAAACAAACAUUCCAAUCCUAACGAUUCCUUCACGGGGAAGUGACCGGGCCUUCAGCUUAAGCACGACCGUCUGCAUGUCGCCCGAAUGUCACCGGCACAGAUUUCUAAAUAAAAUCAUUUCUACUGA